CUGCGUACGAAAUCGUUGAAAAAUAAAAAGGGAAGAACAUUUUAUGUGUUUAAAAAAUCUAAUCGAAGGGUUAGAAAAAAAGAAAUUUUUUUUUUUUGUUUUAGACAUUUUUUUUGUUAAAAAAAAAAAAUCGUUUAAAAUUGAAGAAAAAACCUAAAGUUUAAAAAAAAAGAUAAAAAAACAUUUUAUUUUAAAUAAAAAAUAAAAGCAAUAAUAACAAAGAGAAAAAUUAAAAAAAAUUUUUUUUAUUAGUUUUCAAAUAAAAUAUAAAAGAAAAAGUUAUAAAAAAAAAAGGAAAAAAAAAAUACAGCUGAUAUAAUCGAAAAAUUUAAUAAAAAAAAAAAGUAAAAAAGUUGAAAGAAAAGAAAAAAUUUUUGAAGUCUCAUAAUGAAAAGAAAAAAAAUUUGAAAUUGAAAUGCGCAAAAGAUUGCGCAGUUAAUUGCAAACAAAAAUACACAAUUUGUAGUUUUCAAGAACAAAAAUUUCUUUUAUAAAGGGAAAUAUUUAAAAUUAAUAAAAAAAAUAAUAGAAAAAUUAAAGUAAAAAACAUCAUUCUAUUAUUUACACAUUUGUUCAUAAAUAUAAUAUAUAAAAAAAUUUAAGUAACAAAAAUAUUUUUCAUUUAGUUUUGAUUUUUAAAAAGAAGAUUAAAAAAAAAACAAUAUUUGACAAGUUAAAAAACAAAAGUUUAAAUUAAAAAAAAAAUUAAUUUAAAAUAUUUAAAAUAAUAAAAUUUUAUUUGAAUACGACGAAAAUAGUAAAAAACUGUUCAGGUGGCAUGUUUAAUGACAUAGAGUGGACGGUUAAGUGUCGUCUAUGGCCGAAUCCGUUAACCAACAAUUGCUCUCUGCAGUGACGGAGGGGCAUCAUAGCAGUAGCAAUUAUACAACAGCGAUAAAAGCUGAUGCAGCUACAACAUCGACGCAAAAUACCUCAUUAAAUUAUAAUAAAAAUAAUAAAAUAACAUCGGAAAUUACAAAUUCAUCACGCCAAAGUCGUACACGUAAUAAAAUUUUUAAUAGCAAAAUUAAAAACAAUACUAAAAAUAAAACAGAAAUAAAAUUUGAUUUUGAUAAAUUAGAAACAUUAAGAUUACGUCAUAAACGUUCAUUAUCAUCAUCAAGUAUUUCAACUACAACAGCAACGGCAAAUCAAAUAAAGUCAAAACAGGAAAAACAACAGCAACAACACGAACAACCUCAAUUUAUUUCGUAUACAAAUCAAAAAAAUCUUCGACAAAUUAACAAUCGUAGUAGUAACAGUAGAAAUCGUUGCGAUUCAUUAUCUCCAAUAUCUAUAGAUAGUUGUCAAAUUAAUUCUUCCAUUACAAAUAGUAAUAAUCAAAAUAUUAAUAGUAAUAAUAACAAUAACAGAAAUUUGGAUACAACGACAUCGUCAUUUGAAGAUAGAAAUAUAUCAUCGCCAACAACAAGAAGCAAAGCUGCAGAGUUAUUUAUAUCUUUAAAUACAUCAAUCGAUUCAAAAGGUCGAAAUAAUCGUUUAGAACGCAAACGACGUUUAGCACCGGAUCAACUAAAUUCAGCAAAAUCUGAAGAAUUUCGACCAAAAAAAUCUUGUGAAAGUGCAACAAAAAAAGAUAAACGUAAUAGUAAUUACACUGGUACAUCGAUUAAAAGUUUAAUUUGUAAUAAUUUAAACUUACUAACACCAACACAAACCGAAGCAAACGCAACAAAAGAAACAAUAACAAAGAAAAAAAUAAAAGAAGGCACAAAAAGUAGAAGUAGUAGUCGAAAACGUUCUACAUCAAAAUCUGGUGACAAUAUAAAUUAUAUCAAAGGUGAAGUAAAAGAAUUGAACGAAGAUCCUAUCGAUUGUAUAGCUUAUCGCACUAGAUCAAAAACAACUUCACCUGAUCAAAGAACAAUUGCACGUAGUAUACAAUUACGUUUGGAAAGUAUUUGUGAAAAAGCACCUGAUACUUUAUUAAAAAGUGAUAAAUUGAAGACAUUAUUUUCAACACCAACAACUUCUUUAAUAUUAGCACCAGCUUCAUCAUCAAAUUUAGCCAAAGGCAGAAAAAAUCAGAAUAACUUAUUGAAUUACUAUCGCAAAACUCGCGCUAGCUAUCGAAGUAAUAGUGCUAACAGUAUUAAGAAAAAUACAAACACUGGUAAUAAUAACAACAAUAUUGAACAACUUUUACCUGUUUCAACAUCAAAUACUAAAAACUCUUUAAAAGCACAAAAUUCAUUUGAAAACUUUUUGAUUAUAAAUAAAAGUGAUUUAAAAUUAAAUAAUUGUAAAAGUAGUAGUAAUCCUAGUAAUAGAAAUAAUAAUUGCAUUAACAGUAGUAAUAGCAUUAGUGCUACAAAUUCAAAAAAUAAUAGCAAUAAUAGUGUUAAUAAUUGUGAUUUAGUUAAUUUCAAUAAUAAAAAAUCCUUAAAUUCAACAGUUACGUUAUCAACAAAAAACUCAAUAGAUUUUAUAAAAACUGAAACAGUAACAACAGGAGCAGCCAUUUCUGCUAAAUAUAAUAGUAAAAGUCCAAAAAAUAAAAAACAAUUAAAAUUAAUAAAAGACAAUAAAGCACAUACAUCAAGUGUUAAUUUAAGAACAAAACAUAAAAAUAAUUUAUUAAAAGUGGACAACCAACAUUACACAGCAAAUAGUCGUAAUAAUAAUAUUAAUAAUAUUUCACAAGUAUCAUUUAGUAAUAAUAGCAUUAAUAGUAAUAAUAACAAAAGUAGAAUAUCAUUAAUAUCAACAACAGCAAUAGCAACAACAGCAGCUGGUUUCUUAAAUUCAUCAACGGGAGCAAAUAGUAGUAGCACCACCACUGCGUCUAGCAGUAGUGGUAAUAAUUAUAGAAGAAAUUUACGUUCUUCUGAUCAUAUUAACUCAAUUACAACACAAGCUACAACAGUAGCCACAACAGGGACGAGAACAGUAACUUCAGCAGCAACAUCAACAGCAACUGUAGUCAGUCAUAGCCACACAGCAUCUAGUGGUCAACAAUUAAGCGGCCGCUUAAGAAAUUCUCUAAGUGGUGCUGAAAGCAGCAACUGUAAUACUAAUAACGGAAGUAAUAGAAACGGAGGAGCGAUUCCGAAAAAACGUCAACGUUUUGGUGCCGGUGGCAGCGGAGGUGGCACUUUAGGAAGUUGUAGUAAUAGUAGUACAAAUAAUAAUAUCAUAAUAGGAGGGAAUAAUACUACUUUGGUUGAUCAUCACCAGCAUCAAAACUAUAACAUACGUCACCAACAGCAGCAACAGCACCAAAAUUAUCAACAUCAGACGCAACAUCAUCAACAACAACACCAACAACAGCUACACCAGCAAUUACCACAUCAAUCAAAUAUAAAUCAGUCACAACAACAGCAUCAUCAUCAUCAUCACCAUCAGCAUCAACAUCCUCAUCAAUAUACUGAUAGUAAUAAUACAAUCUAUUAUCAAACCACAUUAAGAAAUUCCACUCAUUUAUCAGGAAUUUUAGGUGGAACAACUAUAUAUUUUCCUGCAACCGCAGCUGGAGUUGCACCAACUCAAAUCGGCCAUUUAUUACCAAUACAGAAUUUACAAGGACAAUCGUCACAAGUCGCAGCCGCAACGACGACGGGCUACAGCAAAGCCCCGAACCUGGGGGCACGAUUAGCUCGUAGUGGUGGUGCAGGUAGAGACGCCCCACAACAUCAACAACAACCAAGUCACAAUAUUAAUCAUCAAGUUUUACAUCAUCAUCCUCAACAGCACUCGCAGCAUCAAACACAACCGAACCACCAUACUCACUAUAAUAUACAACAGCAACAACAACAACAACAUCAAUCUAUUCAUCAGCCACAUUCUCUUCAAUCGCUUAUCAACCAAAAUUAUCACACAAAUUUCGGUGGAGCUUCUGGAACUACGAUUGCCAUUGCACAAGGAUCAACAAGUCAUCAGCAACAUAUUGAUCCAACAAUUGUAGCUAUUCAGCAACAUCAACAACAAACUGCGGCAGUUGGGUUAAAUAAUCUAUCAGCAUCAAACUUACAACCGUCUUCUGUCCUAACAGUAACAAAUUCAUCGGCACAUAAUUCACAUCAUUAUAAUCAUCAUUAUCGGCAACAGCAGCAUCAUUCUCAACAUCUGUCAAAUCCAUUAAGUUCAUCCUCAUCUCAUAUAUUAAGACGUAGUUCACGUGGCAAAACGGGUUCUUGUGUGAGUAGUUCAACAGCUGCGUCUGGUGGUAGUGGUUUCGGAGCAGCUGUUUCAACAAAUAAUAGUGCUGGCCCUUCUUCAGGUAGCGGCAACAAUGUCGGCACUGGUGCCGGCAAUAGCGGAGGGAAUGGCAUUUCGUCACACAUUUAUAGUAAUAAUGCGAUAACAUCUCACCACUAUAACAAUUAUCGUCAAACAAAUAACAGUAUUCAUCAUACUACAAAUUUUUCUAUCAAUUCCGGAAAGAAUAUAACCGGAAAUACAAGUAGCAAUAAUAAAUACGAUAAUAAUUCUAGUGUAUUAACUGUUGGUCCAUCAACUUCUGCAUCUUCUCAUUUACCAUCGCCUAGUGGUGUCGGUGGAGUUAGUAGUGGUGGUGGUGGAAAUAAUAGUAGUGGUAGUGGUGCUAUAGCUGUUGUUAUGGCAAGCGAUGGCACGUCUGUAAGACCAUCAGGAGGUGAUCAAGCUAAUUCGAAUAUUAAUUCAAAUAUUAAAAUCCAUAAAACUUCUCUAGCGCCAGGAAAUUUAGAUGUUUCAAACUUGCAUUUAAUGGCUCAACAAUCGGCUGCUGGAACUAAUACUAAUAGUGGCAGCUCUUCGAAUCCAAUUAAUAGCGGAAGCAACAUAGGCGGUAAUAGUUCAACGACAACGACAGCAACUAAUAACGGCACGACUGCCAGUGUCGCAACAACAUCCGCAUCUACUCAUGCUGAUUCUGAAAGUGAUGACAGUGAAGUAGGUCGUUUACAGGCUUUAUUAGAAGCACGUGGACUGCCGCCGCAUCUUUUUGGUGCUUUAGGACCGCGAAUGACUCAUAUAUUACACAGAACUAUCGGAAAUUCUAGUUCGUCCAAGGCUCAACAAUUAUUACAAGGUUUACAAUCGCACGAUGAAUCUCAGCAACUUCAAGCUGCAAUUGAAAUGUGUCAAAUGUUAGUUAUGGGAAAUGAAGAUACUUUAGCUGGUUUUCCUACAAAGCAAGUUGUUCCUGCUUUAAUAAAUCUUUUGCGGAUGGAACACAAUUUUGAUAUUAUGAAUAAUGCUUGUCGUGCUUUAGCUUAUAUGUUAGAAGCACUACCGCGUUCAUCAGGUACGGUUGUAGAAGCGAUUCCUGUAUUUUUGGAGAAACUACAAGUAAUACAAUGUAUGGACGUAGCUGAACAAAGCUUAACAGCUUUAGAAAUCUUAUCACGACGCCACAAUAAAGCAAUUUUGCAAGCUAAUGGAGUUUCAGCUUGUCUCACAUACUUAGAUUUCUUUUCUAUAAAUGCGCAACGUGCUGCCUUAGCCAUAACGGCAAACUGUUGUUUAAACUUACACCCAGAGGAAUUCCAUUUUGUCUCAGAGAGUUUACCACUUCUUGCACGUUUGUUAACACAACAAGAUAAAAAAUGUGUUGAAAGUGUUUGCACGGCUUUUUAUCGAUUAGUUGAAAGUUUCCAAAACGAUUCUAAAAAGUUGCAAGAAAUUGCAAGCAAUGAUUUGCUUAAAAAUUGCCAGCAACUUUUGGUUGUCACUCCAUCAGUUUUAAAUACUGGAACUUUUACAAAUGUUGUACGUAUGCUAGCAGUUAUGUGUGGCAGCUGUCCAGAUCUAGCAAUAAGUUUCUUAAAAAAUGAUAUUGCAUCCACACUUCUUUACCUUUUAACUGGGUCAGCAGAACUUGCAAGUCAAAAUGGUGACGUUGAAUUGGUUUCACGCAGUCCUUCAGAGCUUUAUGAAAUAACUUGCUUGAUUGGCGAACUAAUGCCGCGUUUACCAAGUGAUGGUAUAUUUCAUGUUGAUCAUUUGUUAGAGCGCCCGAAUUCUGGAAUACAAGACCAAGUUCAGUGGCAAUGGCGUGAUGAUCGAGGUACUUGGCAUUCUUAUUCAUCUAUAGAUUCAAGAAUGAUUGAAGCGGCUCAUAUAAACUCAGAUGAUGAAAUAAGCUUGAGCGCAUUUGGACGAACAUACACGAUCGACUUUCAUUCAAUGCAGCAAAUUAAUGAAGAUACUGGUACAACCCGUCCUGUUCAAAGAAAAGUGAAUCCAAGUUAUAUAUCCUCUUCGAUUUCGAAUCCAGUUCACAAUGGGCAAGAUUUAUCAGCAACAGGUCAACAAAAUGCUCCAGAGUUUCAACGCACAUAUUCCGCUGCGGUUGAUGCUCGUAUAGCAUGCCUUAAGGAAGAGCGCGGUCUAGCAUCGGAAUUUAUAAAAAAUUUGUUUGGUGUUCUUUAUGAAGUGUACAGCUCUUCGGCUGGUCCAGCCGUUCGAUACAAAUGUUUACGAGCCCUCCUACGAAUGGUAUAUUAUGCUAGUCCAGAACUUCUUAAAGAAGUACUUAAAAACCAAAUCGUGUCGAGCCAUUUAGCAGGAAUGAUGGCUUCAAAUGAUUUGAGAAUAGUGGUUGGUGCUUUACAAAUGGCUGAAAUUUUAAUGCAAAAACUACCAGAUGUUUUUGGAACUCAUUUCAGACGAGAAGGUGUUAUUCAUCAAAUUAAUCUAUUAGCCGAUCCCAGCAUACCGAUUUGCGCUAAUCCCUCGCCUAAAUUAAAUAGUGGGGCAUUAAGCGCACCAGCUUCAGCCACAGGUUUGCAAUCAAACCCGUUCGAUUUUGAUAAUUCACCUUUGAACAAUGCGUCCUCUUCAGUUCCAAAUUCGGCCGCUAUAUCAUCCCAAGUACCAUCUAGCUCUUCUAAAAGUCAUGGAUCUCAUAUGAAAAAUUUCAGUCAUGCAAUGAGUAUGCUUAAUUCUAAAAUGAGCAUUUCUAUGCAGCCAUCGUCACCAAAUACUUUGCAACUACCUUCUACUUCUCAUUCGACUCUAGCAAUCAGUUUGAAUCAGGCCCAGACACCAAUUGUUGGCACAUCAGAUCAACACCACCCGACUUCGCAUUAUCAUCAUUCAACACCUGUUGUAGCCUCACAUCACCAUCAAGCGCAUCCUGCUCCUUCGAUUGCUAGUUCUUUGCCAACUAAUGGAAAUUUCUUUGUAAUUUCUUCUUCAUCACCAAAUGAUCCAAGGCAAUACAGCCAUUAUCAUCACCACCACCAUGCAGCAGCCGCUCUUCAUCAUCACCCACCGCCUCCACCGCAUUUCGCAACUCACCAUUUAGAAAUAUUACCAACGCAAGUUGCCGCUGUGCCAAUGAUUGCCGCAGCACCACCAAAUUCGGUACAUCAUCCAGCGGGAGCUACUAUUGUUGCAGCUGCUCCAGUUAUUCCCCCAACAGCAGUUGCCACUGUUCAACAUCAUUCUAAUAGUCACUCUGCAAUCGUGACUGGCAGCCAUAACGUGCAUCAACAAAGUCAAUCUCACAGCGGCCAACAACACCAACAAGCUCAACAUGGUACACCUACAUCAUCUGCAGCAGCUAUUCAAUCAAAAAUGACUGAUAUGCUAAAACGCAAAGUCCCACCGAAAAGAAAAUCUCAAUCGAGUAGUCGCUCGAAAUCAAGGCAAGAGGAAUCUGUUGUGCAGGAACUUAUUAAUCGAGCAACUUCUAUUGGAAAUAGUAAUAACAGCACAUCAGGCCGCAAUACACCUUCUAGUUCAAGUCGUUCAAGAUUUAGUACCGGUGCUAACAGUAGCAACAAUCAAUAUAGUAAUAGUAGCAGCAGUAAAACUUCAUUUCUGGCUUCGUUAAAUCCAGCCCGUUGGGGAAGACAGUCUUCUCAUCAUAAUAAUACGUUUACCAAAGACAACAGUAAUAAUUCAUCCAAUUCGUCGGCAAUGAGUUCGAGUUCUACACCUGGCUCGAAUUUAGGAAAAAGUAUUUCAAAUGCUAAUCUUAUUGCUGCUGGUAAUCGUGAAAAAGCUAGACAAUGGGUCCGAGACCAAGCCAUAUCAUUUGUUAAGCGUUAUAUUGAACAAGAGAAUUCUAAAAAUUCAUUAACUAAUUCAUCAACAACUUGUGUCCUUCAACGUUUGACAAUCGUGAUUCAAAAACUCGAUGGUAAUGCUGAAGAAUGCCUUGAAGCCCUCCAAGAGCUGAAACAAAUUUUAAUUGAAAGUGAUAUAUCGCCAUUCGAAGUUAAUCAUUCGGGCUUAAUAAAAGCUAUGUUAACUUUCAUGUCUUCUGAACAUGGCAUUGUAGAUCGUGAUUCUAGAUUAAGGGCUUUUUUAAAUGUAUUUGCUAAUUUACCUUUGUCAGCAGAAAAAUGUAGCAUUCAUAGUUCAGAUUUAUUGAGUAACGUUGAUACAGGGCCGUUUAGUGCUUUUGUUGCCAAACUCAAUGGAUGCGUAACGCAACUGGAGCAAUUCCCAGUAAAAGUUCACGAUUUUCCAGCAGGUCCAGGAGGCAGAUCAAAUACAAGUGCUCUUAAAUUUUUCAAUACGCACCAACUAAAGUGUAAUUUACAAAGGCAUCCAGAUUGCACAAAUCUUCGCCAGUGGAAAGGAGGAACAGUUAAAAUUGAUCCACUGGCAUUAGUUCAAGCAAUUGAGCGAUAUUUAGUUGUACGAGGUUACGGAGGCAUACGUGGCGAUUCAGAAGAGGAUUCAGAAGAGGAUAUGGAUGACAAUGUGGCAGCGGUCGUUAUGUCUCAGAGUGGUUUCAAACAUAAGUUGCAAUUCUUAAUAGGCGAUCACAUUUUGCCAUACAACAUGACUGUGUAUCAAGCGGUUAAGCAGUACUCUCCCUUAGUUAAUGAUCAAUCAGAAACUGAUACUGAUACAGAAACACCUUUAGGUAACGCUAGUAUUUGGGUACAACAACAUACAAUUUAUUACAGACCAAUAGAGGAUGAUCAUACAGUAGGUGGUUCUAGUGGUGGUGCCAGUAGCAGCCGAACUCAUUUAGGAAGUGUCAGUAUUUCUUCAUCUUCAAAUAAUAAGAAAAAUAGUAGUAAAUCUAGCUCUACAACACUGUCAAAUUCAUCAACAACAAAAUUGUUACGAAAAAAACCAGAAUUUUGGCAAGAGGGUAUAGCCCCGUCCCAAACUUCAUCAUUAACAUUAUUCUUGAUCAGUACAUUACCCACCGAUAUAGUGACCGUGCAGGACGCUUCUACAGAUGCACUCUGUAUGUUGAGAAUCAUAAAUGCUUUAAAUCGGCAUUGGGAAACAUUAUAUGGCUGCAUUGGUCAUAAAAAAUUAAUAAAUCAGUCAGAAUUUAUUCAUUCAAAAAUAACUGCAAAAGCUAACCGUCAGUUACAAGAUCCUUUAGUCAUAAUGACCGGCAAUUUACCUCAAUGGUUACAACAGAUUGCUAUGGCUUGUCCGUUCCUAUUUCCAUUCGAAACAAGACAUUUAUUAUUUUAUGCAGUAUCAUUUGACCGUGAUAGAGCUCUUCAGCGUUUGUUAGAUACAACCCCAGAUUUGAAUUCAUCAGAUACAUCAGAACGAGUUACACCAAGAUUAGAUAGGCGAAAACGGGCGAUAUCACGUGAAGAUAUUUUAAAACAAGCGGAGCACAUUAUACAAGAUUUUGGGCAUUCUAAAGCUCUGUUGGAAAUUCAAUAUGAGCAUGAAGUUGGUACCGGAUUAGGUCCAACUUUGGAGUUUUAUGCAUUAGUUUCAACUGAACUUCAAAGAUCUGAUUUGGGACUCUGGAAUGGUAGUGAUAGUUAUAAACAAAACUCUUCAGGAAUUGUAGAUGUAGUUAAACCAGGUUUAUCUCAAAUCGAUGAUACCAAUGAAAAUUCGAGUAAUAUUAAUGUAAUUGAUACCACUGUUAAUCGGCUUGGUAGCAACAAAAGUCAUUUAACAAGAUCUGGAGAUCAUCGUGUAGCUACAAAUAAUUCGUUGAAUAGUCAACCUUCCUACGGUUUAUCAAAUGAUAAUGCAUUGAAUAUGAUUAUUGAACAAGCAGCUGAUAAUAUCAAUAUUGGUCAUGGUCAUAGCACCCGAAGUAGUACAGCUAGUAUACAUCACUAUCAACAUUCAAAUUAUCAUUUACGCGAUAAUGGAAGUAGUGAAAGGCAUCAUGAAGUUGGUGUACAAACAACAAAUUCUAUUUUACCAUCAAUGCCAUCAUUAAGUGAGCCCCAACAAAUUGAUCAAAUCCACAAUGAUCAAAUUCAACAAAAUAGUAUACAACAGGCACAACAACAAAAUAUUACGAUAACAUAUGUUGAUGUACCACAUGGUUUAUUCCCAUUGCCUUUAGGAAAAACAGCGAAACAAUCUCAAAUUUCAAAAAUGAAAACGAAAUUUAAGUUUUUGGGUAAAUUUAUGGCUAAAGCAGUUAUGGACAGCCGAAUGUUGGAUUUGCCAUUUUCUAUUCCAUUCUAUCGAUGGUUGCUUUUAGAGGAAUUAUCGCUCGGAUUAGCCGAAUUAGCGCUUGUUGCGCCUGAAGUUCAACAAACUUUAGUACGUUUACAAGACAUCGUCAGGCAACGUGAUGCGUUAUUAAGUGAUAAUACACUUGAUGCUAUGGAAAAGACUGACAAGAUCGAAUCGUUAGAUUUAGAUGGUUGCCCUAUUGCUGAUUUAGGUUUAGAUUUUGUUCUACCUGGCCAUGCAAACAUUGAAUUGAGACGUGGAGGUCGAGAUAUGCCAGUCACAAUUCAUAACUUACAUCAGUAUAUUUCACUAGUUACUCAUUGGUUCCUUCUAGAAGGUGUACAAAGACAAUUUGAAGCUUUAAGGGAAGGUUUUGAUACAGUGUUUCCUUCACAACGAUUACGUAUGUUUUAUCCUGAAGAAUUAGAGAACGUAUUUUGUGGUACUGGAACUCAACAAUAUCAGAAGUGGGAUAUUCGUAUGUUGCAGGAAUGCUGCCGGACAGAUCAUGGAUUCACACAAGAUUCAAUAGCUAUAAAAUAUUUAUAUGAAAUUUUAUCAAAUUAUAAUCGUGAUGAGCAGAGAGCUUUCUUACAAUUUGUAACCGGAAGUCCCCGUUUACCAACAGGUGGAUUUAAAUCUCUAACGCCACCAUUGACUAUUGUUCGUAAAACAUUAGAUUUAAAUCAAAAUCCAAAUGAUUACUUACCAUCUGUGAUGACAUGUGUUAAUUAUUUGAAAUUACCAGAAUAUUCAAGCAUAGAGGUAAUGCGUACAAAAUUAAAGAUUGCAGCUAAUGAAGGUAGUAUGUCAUUCCAUUUAUCAUAAGGAAAAAGGGAAGUGUAACACUAUACUACCUAAAGAAGAGAUAAUUAUAUGUUCAUUGGAAAAAAUUUAUUAUUUUAAAUAAUACAUUUAUUGUGUAUAUUUUUCAAUUUGCUUCAGGUUUUCUAUGGUUUUCAUUCAAAAAAUUUUUAUUUAUACUACUUUAUAAACACAAAAAAUACAAAUAAUGAUAUAAAUUGAAUUUAAAAAUAUUUAGGACUCAUGAAAUAUACUAUGAAAAUAAAUAUUAUAAAUAUUAAUGAUAAAAUUAAGUGAUAUUGAUAAUUAAUUUUGAAUUUAUAAAAAAAAAAAAACAACUUAUAUAUUAUAAUAUCUAUUUUAAUGUUUAUUUGCAAUAUAUAUUAUAUAUUAUAUUCAUACCCAUAUAUAUGUAUAUAUAAAUGUAUUUACGUGAAUUACUAUAAUUAUAACAUUAAAAUUAAACUAUUAUAAUUAUAAUAAUAAAAAUUAAUAUGGAUUACCAAGGAAUUUUAUCUAUUUCGAAAAAAAAAUUGAAACUUUAUAAAA